CCAGUGUAGUUUCUCAGUGGGCGAUUGACGCAGCUGUGCUGUACUCGUAUCCGUCAUGUCUGGCCGCGGAAAGCAGGGAGGCAAGGCUCGCGCCAAGGCCAAAUCGCGCUCGUCCCGGGCUGGGCUGCAGUUUCCCGUGGGCCGUGUUCACCGUCUGCUGCGCAAGGGCAACUACGCCGAGCGGGUGGGCGCCGGCGCCCCUGUCUACAUGGCGGCGGUGCUGGAGUACCUGACGGCCGAAAUCUUGGAGCUGGCGGGCAACGCAGCCAGGGACAACAAGAAGACGCGCAUCAUCCCCCGCCACCUCCAACUCGCCAUCCGUAACGACGAGGAGCUCAACAAGCUGCUGGGCAAGGUGACCAUCGCCCAGGGCGGCGUGCUGCCCAACAUCCAGGCCGUCCUGUUGCCCAAGAAGACCGAGAGUCACCAUAAGGCCAAGGGCAAGUAAGCGGACUCGGACCUUCUGGGGCCGGAAGGCUCAUCCCCGAAACCAACGGCUCUUUUCAGAGCCACCCACCCUGUCAAAGAAAAAGGGCUGUUGCUGAAUCCCAAUUACCUCUCCCUCUCCCUCUCCCCCCCCUCCCCGCCCGAAUCUGAAUCGGAGCCCGGAGGCGGCGUGACCUGUUGUAUGGCACGUCUCAGACUGUCACCCGCGGCACCCCAACGCGAACCGAAACCAGCCACCCGUGUGGUGGAAAGCCACUGCUCCCUCAGCGAGCUCGGGUCGAGCCCGACACGACCCUUUUUGCCUCAACCCUAACUUUCCCUCCGCGUCCCGAAAGCUGUGGAGGCAGCGUCCACUGCCAAUCUUGCCCGUGAUCAAGAGGUGGCAGAGUUUCUCUAGCAACAAACAUAAGUUGGCGGAGACGCCGGCCGGCUGCCGACUCCCGUCUGCGGGAGAGGGUCGGAAGCCUCGGGAGUGUCGGUAACCUAAGCCUUCCCGCAGGUGACUCGGGAGCCAGGCUCCAGGCCAAUCCACCGCUUAGGCGGGCUUUUCACACGCAGUUUCGAGUGCCGCCCCCAACACACAGUACAACCCUGCGGGAACGGGAGAAAGAGAGGGUUACCGGAAGCAGUGGUGCACACCCUUAAUUAGCGAGGAUCUAAAAAGGGAGGGAAG